GUAAUAUUUUUAAGAUUUAAAACUUUUAUUUUUCAUGUUCAUGCAUCUCGAGGUAUAGUUUUCUAUUAUAUAGUUUUCUACACCCAUUAAUACAAUAGUUUGUGAUGGAUUUUUAAUUCCACAAUAUAAACUUCAAAACAAUCUUCUCUAUGAACUUCUCCCAGUAAAAAAUGGUUGACUUUGGGGGUGUCAGCGAUAAGAAUGGUCACUGGGUGUGGGGAUGAAGCUGCAACUCGGCGCUAACUUGAACGUGAUAUGCACCUCUCUCUCUGCUAACUCCAAAAACAUAACCCCUUCGCCUUCUCUCCCAAGAAAGAAAUCAGGAGACUGAAGUAAGUGGAAAUCAAAAGCGACAGCAGCUACUUCCAACAAUUAGGGGUGUUCUUAAUGACGAUUCUACUACUUGGUCCGCCCUGAAAUGGAAGCAAGGAAAGAUAGAAAUCUCAGGAAUGGGAGAGAACCAGUUACAUCUUUUCAGAUUUAAGGCAAGGGAGAGAACCAGUUACAUCUUCAGAUUUACUAGAGGAAGAAAAUGUGUGACCUUGCACAUGGAAGUAGAACUUUUAUUGCUGAAGGUGAAAAUCGUAAUUGUUGGAAAGCAGCGUCAAUCUUGUUGCUUUAGAGAUAUGGAUACCGACCUGAACAUUGAGGACUUCUUCCUGACCUUCAUGUCAAUUGUGAGGUUGUCAAAAAGACCCACAUACCUCUUCUAGAAGGGCAAUUUCUUCAUCCUCAUCUCACACACAAUAGUGGGUGGUCCUUUUAUCUGGAGCUUUUCCCUUCAAUAGAUGUUGUGAGACAGUGAUAACUGUAAAUGUCAUUGAGUUGAACAGCUGAAGUUGAUGGGAUACGGUAAUCUGCAUGAAUUCCUCCAAAUGGCAUAUUGCCUGAGUGUUGUAACUCCGGCACCAAAUUACUUUUCUCACAGAUGCACCUCAUAUCUAAGGACUACCUCAAGAUCUCUUAGGGUCCGUGCUGUACAAGACAAUGAGGGGCGUCGUCGGUUGGUCGAUAUUAUACGCCUUGUUCCAGACAUUUCUAGGAAUUACUUCAGAAGUCCCUCUAGGAGGGCACUGUUCGGUGGUAUCUCAUUGCUUGGUGGUUUUUAUGUGGCCCAAACAAUUUCUCUCUCUUUUGGUGCUUUGGGUGUGAAUGAUGUGAUUGCAGCAGUUAUCUGUGUGCUCCUCACCGAAUAUGUAACGAGAUUCUACUAUAGCCGGCCCAAGGUCACCUUCCCUUUGGCUCUUUUGAACAAUUUCAAGAUGGGUUUCACCUAUGGUCUUUUCAUCGAUGCUUUCAAGCUCGCAAGUUGAUGUAUACAGUAAGUAUCUUUAUGUAUAUUGAAACAUGCCAUUUUUUUCCAUUUUAUUGGGUAAAGGAAACAUUUCUCUUUUGAGGACAUUGUUUUUACUAUUAUUGGCUGAUUCAAGGUCAUCUUCAGAUUACCUUCGUGAUUUUUUAUUGUUCCCUUCAUAAGUUUAUAGUAUCAAAACUGUAAUUUAUGUCAAUGCUCAUCUUUGUAUUUGUUAUUCAUCCCCUAAAGAUGUCUGUGAAUAUUUUCUAUUCUGCUUCAUUAUGUUGUGCAUAAAUUGCAAUGCUUAAUAAACACUGUAGUAAAAUAUUGCUAUGACAAAAAGAUGUUUAUACAAUCAAUGCUCAAGAACUUGCAUAUGAAUUGUAUUGAUCUCAAAUCGAUUUUGUAACAUCUUUUUUUGUGUGUCUUGGGAGAGAAUUUCAUGAAGUUUAGAUCAAGAUUCAAGCUGCAAGGAAAUCAAGUUUCCAUUAGUGCAAGAACUCGUGUAGAAGUCAAAUUUAUUUGCAGAAAAGGAGUUCAAAUUGUGUUGUUCAAUGAAUGUCUCCAAAAGCAACAUUAUAUUCCAAGGGUGUCACCUCCUCUUGUUUGCUCUAUCACGUACUCAUGGAAUAUAAGAAGAGAUGCACAUUAGUAGCGAGAUAUUGACAAUUUCGUCAUAUAUUGGCAAGCAAACGAGUCCAUUGAUUCCACGGCUACAGAGGAGUUGGUUAGAACUUAGAAGCUCUUUCAACUUGGAAAGACCUCCCACUUCAUAUCGAAAUCUAUAUAUGUAUGGCUUCUAUUUUUCCAUUGAUUUUGUGUGUGUGUUUAAGGCAUCAGAACAAGGCGAAAAGUAGGCCGGUUGCAGUUAUCAAAUGCGAAAACACAUUCAUGAUAAGGAUCAAGCAGGAUUUGGGGCUUUAUUUAUUUAA